AUGAUGGGUUCAUGUAUUCUGGAAAUGACGCGGGAUCAACUGCUGGCUAAUAUCAAGGCAUGGAAUCAGUUCGCGCACCCCCACUCCGACUGCAGCAAGUCCGGCGCGGGCGACCCGGAGUGGGAUGAGUUUUUCAGGACCAAAUUCAGAAAGGCCCGUGAAGAGACCCUGAAACAACACCGGUUGGACAACAACGCCAUUGCGUCGGAGAAUCUAGGACUCUUAUUCAGAGACGUGGGACCCCCUCCCGCCCGCCAAUCCAACGCCAACGCUGUUCAGGCCGUCUUCUGGUACGUGUUUGAGGCCCUCAAGGACCAGAACCUCCAGGGACGCCUUCAAACCAAGCUUCAGGCAUGCUACAGCCUCCGCAGCAGCACCUUUGAUCUCACACAAUUCUCCACCAAGCCUCUCCUCCAGUCAACUUACAUAAAAGUGCUGCGACUCCGCGCGGCGACCACCAUGACCUGCACCAAGGAAGACUCAGACUUCCAGCUCAGGCCGGACUACGUUGUUCCCCAGGACAUGACCACGACUAUCUUCUCAUCAAUCACAGCGCAAAACCAGGAGGCUUGGUUGUUAGUGCAGCCUCAAUCGGCUGAGCGGCCCCUGGAUGAGUUCUGGCUGGAGCGGCUCCUCGUGCACCGGGGGUCGAACAAGGAAGCGACCUUCAACGUGGAGGGGCUGACCGAGUGCUGGAUGGCCUACGGUGGCCGCUGUGAAUUAGUUGACCAGCGCCAGGCCGAGCAGGUCAAGCCCGACGAGCGCUGGUUUCCUUAUGGAACGUCACCACCGACGCGCAAAGUCGCGGUUCGACUGCGAAGACGCUAA